AUUAUUUCCAGUCUAUUUUUUUCCUUCUGUUUUUAUUCCAGAAGAGUCGAUGGGACGGGAACUACAACUCCCAGGAUGCCGCGGGCGGGCGGAGGGGUGGUUGCUAGGAGCUCGCACACCGGUUUAACGGGGCAAAGGACGAUGCGCAGAAAUUAAGAUUCAAGUGUGAUGUGGACAAACUCGGUGUUCAUUUCGCAGGAUGUGAGGGAAGGUGCCGGCUCCGUGUUGCGGCGAGGAGGCGGGGCCCGGGGUCGGCUGUGGGUCUGGGGACGCCCGGUGAUGCGGCAGCCGGAAGUGUGGCGGCGGUAGCUCUGUGUGUGGCGGUGGUUGCGUGAAAACACGGUGAACAUGUCUUCGGAGGAGUUCGAGAAGAUGCAUGAGGCGUACAGAGGCGUCUAUGAGGAGUUGAAGAGCCAGUGCGAGCAGGUGACCGGGUGCUCGGGAGAUCUAGAUCAUGUCUUUCCGGAUGCUUGUUGGUUGUAGUUCAGUCCUUCUUGGCCAUCGCAGGUUUGGAAGGUGCUGUUGGAGUAGCCUGGUAAUUUCAUAUUUUGCAGAACAGAAGAAAAGGUUUCUACGGGAGAUAGAUGAAAAAGCUGAAGAAGCAAAUGAAAUAUUGGAUGGAAUGGAAAAGGAAAUGAGGAAUGCACCAUUAGCAUAUCGUAACCAGAUGAUUAUCAAAAUCCGAUCAUACAGAAAAGAUGUCAGCAAGCUACAGCGGGAUGCAAGAAACAGUGAUACUGGAUAUGGAGCACAUAGUGAUUUUAAGUAUGCUGUGUACGGUGCUGAAAAUGAACAAAGUAGUCACUUGGCCUCCCAGCGUGCUUUACUAUUGCAAGGUACAGACAGUUUAAACAGAGCCAGCCAGAGCAUAGACCGUUCUCAUCGAAUAGCAGCAGAAACUGAUCAGAUAGGUUCAGAAAUAAUUGAAGAACUUGGAGAGCAAAGAGAGCAGCUGGAACGUUCCAAGGACAGGCUAAUUAACACAGGUGAGAAUUUGAGUCGAAGUCGGAAAAUACUUCGUGCAAUGUCCAGAAGAAUUAUGACAAACAAGCUGCUACUGGGCAUUAUCAUUCUUCUGGAAGUGGCAAUUCUUGGAGCUGUUGUAUACCUCAAGUUCUUUCGCAAACAUUGACUUAAGUUAUGCAUGCAUAGAUUGGCUGCAAGGCUUGGGAUUCACGAUUGAAGUACAUGGGAGUACAUAAACUGAUGAACCAUUUCUCUUCAUGUAUUCAACCUGCUUAGAGGACUUCAACUGCAAGACCCAUUUCAUUACAGGAAUUGCUUUGACUAAGGUGAAGCAGUUUAAAGUUGCAUUUGAUCAGUUCUUUAAAUGCCACUGUCAAUAACUACAUUGUAGUAAUGUGUACAAACUUUUAAUAAAGUCAUUUGAUAUGUAA